GCCGCCAUACUCGCUCCGGUCAGUCCGCCGCGAACGCUCGUGCGGGAGACGUAUUCGAUUCGAAAUUCAAAUUGCCAAAUUCACCGGCUCCGACCGAGCAGCUCGAAACCGAUACAAAGUGUAAAGUUAAUGUAAGUUUGUGUGAUCGCGAACGGAUUGUAAUUUUUAUACCUGUGCAACUGUGCAUCUCGCGAUAUACGCGACUGCGUUUCUGUUCUGGAGUGUUCACCGAGGUGAGAAGAGGCAACCAUGAACGGCUUAAACGGUCACAGCAACGGCGACACGAACGGCGCGGGGGACAUCAUCACACAGAACCAGCAGCGCGGCUGGUGGACCAUCGGCCUCAUCAACUCCCGCUACCGGUACCUCACCGCCGAGACCUUCGGCUUCAAGAUCAACGCCAACGGCACCAGCCUCAAGAAGAAACAGAUAUGGACGCUGGAGCCCGCCUCGGGGAACGCGAAUGACAGUAUGAUCUACCUGCGGUCGCACCUGGACAAGUACCUGGCGGUGGACACCUUCGGCAACGUCACUUGCGAGUCCGAGGAAAAGGAGCCCGGCAGCAAGUUCCAGAUCAGCGUGUCCGACGACGGCAGCGGGCGGUGGGCGCUGCGCAACGUGGAGCGCGGCUACUUCCUGGGCUCCAGCUCCGACAAGCUCACCUGCACCGCCAAGGUGCCCGGAGACGCCGAGCUGUGGCACGUGCAUCUGGCUGCUCGCCCGCAGGUGAACCUCCGCUCGAUCGGUCGCAAACGUUUCGCGCACCUGUCGGAAUCCCUGGACGAGAUCCACGUGGACGCGAACGUGCCGUGGGGCGAGGACACGCUCUUCACGUUGGAGUUCCGCGCCGACGAGGGCGGCAAAUACGCCCUGCACACAUGCAACAACAAAUACCUCAGCGCUGGUGGCAAGCUUCUGGACACAUGCACCUCGGAAUGCCUGUUCAGCGCGGAGUACCACGCGGGCUCGCUGGCGCUGCGGGACUCGGCCGGCGCGUACCUCGCCCCCAUCGGCUCCAAGGCGGUGCUGAAGACGCGCUCCACCGCCGUCACCCGGGACGAGCUGUUCUCGCUCGAGGACUCCCUCCCCCAGGCCGCCUUCGUCGCCGCCCUCAAUGACAAAUACGUGUCGGUUAAACAAGGCGUGGACGUGACGGCGAACCAGGACGAGAUCUCGUCGCACGAGACGUUCCAGCUGGAGUUCGACUGGGGCACGCGGCGCUGGUACAUCCGCACCAUGCAGGACCGCUACUGGACGCUCGAGACCGGCGGCGGCAUACAGGCCGCGGGCGACAACAGGUCGAGCAACGCACUGUUCGAGCUGGAGUGGUGCGGGUCGGGGGCGGUGGCGUUCCGCGCCAACAACGGCAAGUACCUGCUGACCAAGCGCUCCGGACACCUAUACGCCUCCGCCGACACCGUCGACGACAACUGCAAGUACUACUUCUACCUCAUCAACAGGCCGAUCCUGGUGCUGAAGUGCGAGCAGGGCUUCGUGGGCCCGAAGGGCGUUCGGCUGGAGUGCAACAAGGCCAACUACGAGACCAUCCAGGUGGUGCGCGGGCCGAAGGGCGCCGUGUACUUCAAGGGCUCCAACGGCAAGUACUGGCACGCGGACAGCGAGGGCGUCACCUGCGACAGCGACAGCCCCGAGCCCUUCUACCUGGAGCUGCGCGAGCCCACGCGCCUCGCCAUCCGCCAGGCCGGCUGCUACCUCGCCGCCGCCAAGAACGGCAACUUCCGCCUGGGCUCGGCCGACCUCGCGCACGCCACGCACUGGGAGUACUAGCGCCGCCCCGCCCCCUAGCCCUCCCCCCGGCCCGCCCCCCCGCGGCCCGGUGCAUUUAGUAACGUUAAGGCUAUUUAUCGCCCAGCGCGAAUGUGAUCGUAUCGGAAUAUCGCUUGUCUACUGUAACCGUAGAUUACUCAUCGGUGGAUCCGCCGAGGUACUCGCUUGGAUUUAUCGUGCUUUAUUUAAAACGUUGUAAUAUUUAUUGGCAUGUUAGCGUCUAGUCUGAUCUGCGGAGCGCAGUCCCGGGCGGUGCGCAAUACCGGCCGCGUGCUCUGCGAGCGAGCGUCAUCACUCAUCCCCCUCGGCCCUCACGGCUCGCUCGCUCGUCACUCAUCCUAGUGCAGGACAAUUUUUUAUUUCAUCACUUCGCGUCGUAUACCCUGCACUAACAUUCGCACGAGGUCUGGCUUCUCUACUGUAAGCUAGUUAAGGUAAUUUAAGUCGCUAGGAUUAGGCGGGGCUCCGACGGACGUCCAUUCCAGAUUUUUUAACUUUAGACGAGAUUUUUUAGGAUUUUUUUAUACGAUUUUUGUACGUAUCUGGUGCGGGCGGCGGCCGCGCCGAUCCUACACGGUUGUACGAUAAUGUCUUGUAAACUAUUAAUGAAUAAAUUAUAAUCAUAUUGUAAUA